AUGUCUCUUGCUCAAAAUCAUUACGUUAUCAAGCUCCCCGUGACACCUUCGAGGACUAGAUCCCUAGAACCCCGUGCAAUUGCCCAACAGUGGAUCGCGAAUCUAGAUGUUCUCCUUAACCGUGGAGACUUUUCGCAGCUCCCAGAGCUCUUUCACCAAGAGUCCUGGUGGAGAGACAUGCUAGCCUUGGCUUGGGACCUUCGUACGAUUCAGAAUUGCAACAACAUUGAAGACUACCUUCGCCAGAAUCAACCACGAUCUCAACUUUCGGCCUUCCGUCUGCAACAUGAGGGCAAGUUUCAGCCCACAUUCGACAGGCCAGUGGAAGGCCUAAGCUGGAUAUCUUCCAUGUUCUUUUUUGAGACCCGUGUCGGACGCGGAACCGGCGUUCUUCGUCUCACUCAGAACGACGCCGGAGCAUGGAAAGCCUACUCAAUCUACACUUCGCUACAAGAGUUUAAAGACUUCGAGGAGCCUCUUGGAUCAAAAAGACCAGAAGGAACUAUCGAAACAAUGCCGGGAGGUCUUAGUCAAGGGAAUUGGCUAGAAAGACGCCAGAGACAGCUCGAGUUCAUGGAUGAGGAGCCUACUACACUUGUUGUGGGCGCUGGUCAAGCUGGUCUUAAUAUGGGUGCCCGACUUCAAUCCCUCGGUGUUUCCUGCCUGAUAGUCGACCGGAAUGAGAGGAUCGGCGACAACUGGAGAAAGCGCUACAGGUCCAAGAACCCUGCUAAUAAGACGUUACUCCAGACUCUAGUAACCCACGAUCCGGCAGAAUUUACUCACAUGGCGUACCUUCCUUUCCCAAAAAACUGGCCGCAAUUCACCCCAAAAGAUAAGCUUGGCGACUGGUUCGAAGCAUAUGCUAGCAUCAUGGAGCUGAACGUGUGGCUCCAGACCAGUAUCAAAUCUGCGGUAUAUGAUGACGCAAAAGCACAAUGGUCAGUGGUUGUAACCCGAGGUGAUGGGUCCGAGCGAACCCUCCAUCCACGCCAUCUCAUCUGGUGCACCGGUCACUCCGGUGAACCAAAGGUUCCGACUUUCCCAGGACAACCCCAGUUCAAGGGGCAAGUAUACCACGGUAGUCAACACAACGAUGCAUCCAAGCAUGACGUUAGAGGAAAGAAAGUUGUCGUCGUAGGUACUGGGAACAGCGGACACGACAUUGCUCAGAACUUCUACGAGAACGGUGCACAAGUAACAAUGCUCCAAAGAAGUGGAACGUAUGUCAUCACAGCAGAGAAGGGUGUCUUUAUGAUGCACGAGGGCCUGCACGAAGACAACGGACCACCAACAGAAGAAGCCGACAUCAUGUCAGAAAGCCUCCCAUACCCAGUUCAAUUCGCGCUCGCCGUUCACUUCACAAAGAGGGCAUACGCUGCGGAAAGAGACAUCUUGGAGGGCCUCCAAAAAGCAGGUUUUGAGCUCGACUUCGGCGUAGACGGCGCCGGCAUCUCCCGCGCAUACAUGACUCGAGGCGGAGGUUACUACAUUGACGUCGGAUGUAGUCCGCUCAUUGCCGACGGCAAGAUCAAGGUCAAGCGUAGUCCCAAGGGAAUCACUGGCUUCAAUGAGCACAGUCUGAUCCUGGAAGACGGCAGCUCUCUUGAAGCAGACAUAGUCGUCCUUGCUACCGGAUACGAUAACAUGCGGACCACCGUCCGCAAGAUUCUAGGUGAUACAGUCGCAGACCGGUGCAAGGAUGUUUGGGAUCUUGAUGAGGAAGGAGAGGUUAAUGCGGUACGUUCUCUUGCUCAUCUUACGCUUACGGUUUACCCUUUCCUCUACCCUACCAUACACUCAGUAAGCAUAUUGUCAGCACAACUUGCAAUACUAACAGUAAUACAGAUGUGGCGACCCUCCGGUCACCCGGGCUUCUGGUUCCAUGGAGGAAACCUAGCUCUAUGCCGUAUCUAUUCUAAAUUCCUGGCUCUGCAGAUCAAGGCUAUAGAAGCAGGUUUAGUCUCCCAGGGACAGGAUCAGACUCAGCCGAAAUUGUAG